AUGAUGAACCUUGACCCUUGUCACUCGCAGAAACAUAAUCAACUGUUGUCCGAAAAGAUUGCCAAUUUGGAAUCGGAUGUUUCGAUGAAAUUAAAUGCAACCCUAAAACAAGCCUCGGUGAUCGAAGAAUUGCAAAGGAGGCUGGAACGGUGUGCAACGCAUGAAGUUGAAGCAAGGGCAUCCGAGGCGGUGUUGCCAACCAACGCGUACAUUGCGAGAGAAAAGACAGAAGCCCGAUUGAAUCACGACGUAUCUACACAAAAUCUACUUAACGAGUUACUCUCAAUGCAGAAAGAGAGGAUGGCUUGGUAUGAGCAUCAAUCGGACCUAGUGCAGACUCUGCACGCACAAGCAGAUCAAAUCGAUGUUCUGAAGGAAGAGCUUUCGAUUACGGAACGGCGCCUCGGAAUUACGGGCCGAUUGCAACGGAAUAUCGCGUCCAUCCCAUCCCGGCAGAGUUUUCUUCAUGAUCACAGUGUGAGAAAUUGCACACACAACACCCCAACACCAGCUCUGCGAAGGAUGGCAACCGGCGAUACGAAAUCCAAGAUACCACGAUUCACUGAUACAAGCCAAUUACGCUCCGGCCUGUUGAAUGGAACAGAAGGACUGAGUUUAUACAGGGCUUGCUUUUGACAAACUUCAAAAUAGCAAGGAGGAACGACAUUUCAGCAUGACUGAAUUCGGAAAUAUCAGGUAUUCACAUCAGCCGUUAUCGUGGAGUCUGCAGAACUGUCGUAUUGUGUGUAAGUGGAAAGGAUACUCAUUGUUAUUCGAUUUGAAUUUGCAAUACUCAACAAACCUCACCAAGGCAAAGCGAGGCUACUUGCGCAAAUUAGGUUUCAGCCGUCAAAUCAAUGAAG